AUGUCGGCCUCUCCCCCAGAAACGGUAUGUGUUGAGAGCUCCAAUACUCGCGUACCAGACGAAGAUGACGUGGACGAACUUCGUCUUUUCCAGCUCCACAGUGUCUCCGCGGUCAUAGACGACAACCUCGAGAACAAAAUUUCAGAUCACCUUCAACAGUUAGAAGAUGAAUGGCAAGACGACCCAGUCAACCCCAGGAAUUGGACUCCAGUCAAAAAAUGGACAGCCACUACAAUCCUUGCGCUCUAUACUUUUGUGACUCCGUUAGCAAGUUCUAUUAUGGCACCUAGUUUGCCCGACCUGGCCAUAAAAUAUGGCAUAACCGAUCCAACGGUCACAGCGUUGACUCUCAGCAUCUUCCUUCUGUCAUUCGCUAUUGGCCCUUUAUUUGCCGCACCCUUGUCCGAAGUAUAUGGUCGUGUGUGGGUCCUCCACUUAUCGAACCUCUUCUUCCUCGUGUUUAAUCUUGGCUGUGCUUUCGCACCCAAUACUUCAUCUUUCCUCGCAUUUCGGUUUCUUGCUGGUUUCGUGGGGAGUGCACCGGUAGCAAUCGGCGGAGGUGUCGUUAGCGACCUCUUCUCCGAAUGCGACCGUGCCUCCUGCUAUUUCACACUCGUCUCGCCAGGUCCUGUUGUUGGGCCCGUCAUAGGAGGCUUCAUUGCAGAAUUGGCCGGUAUACAAUAUGAUUUCUAUGUCGUCGUUGCGAUGUGUGGUGUCGCAGCAGUGAUCGGUAUUCCUUUUUUAAGAGAAUCCUAUGCACCAGUAAUCAGGCUUCGUCGUCAAAAAAUGACAAGAGAUGUCGAAAAGCCAACCGAGAAAUAUCCUGUCCUCACCGCGCCCCACAUGAAUAAAUGGCUUUACUUAUGGAUCAAUCUCAAACGACCCGUUAUACUUUUGACCCGGAGUUUUAUAUGCUUCAUCCUCAGCUUAUACGUGGCUCUGAUUUAUGGUAUCUACUACUUAAUGUUUGCCACGUUUCCAACUCUCUUUUCGGAAGUAUACCAUUUCGAUAUCGGAAUCGGAGGUCUGGCAUAUAUUGGACUUGGUGUUGGAUUUAUAUCCGCCGCCAUCUUUGGCGCCAAACUUUCUAACAAGAUAUACCUACACCUCGCUGCAAAAAAUGGAGGAGUUGGUAAGCCAGAGAUGCGAGUGCCCGCUCUGAUAUUUGGUUCGUUGUUCGCCCCUGUGGGACUACUUUGGUAUGGCUGGUCUGCCCAAGCCAAGAUUAACUUCAUUAUGCCCAUCAUCGGUACUGCUAUUUUUUCGUUCGGAUUGAUGACAACAUUCCUCCCUAUUCAACUAUACCUCGUAGACACAUUUACCUAUGCUGCAAGUGCAACCGCAGCAGCUUCUACGCUCCGUUCCCUGCUUGGCUUCGCUUUCCCUCUCUUUGGACAACAAAUGUUCGCCGUACUCGAUUAUGGGGGAGGCAACUCCCUUCUUGCAGGUCUUGCCAUUGUCAUCGGUAUACCAUUUCCCAUCUGGAUAUAUUACGCUGGCGAACGUAUGCGUGCAAAGAGCUCUCUAACUCGUUGA